AUGGUGGCAGAGCGUUUUUCGAUGCACCCGUGGCGCAUUUUCGCACCUUCAAGAACCUCGCCUCUUCCCGAUACCCAAGAAUCUCGUUGCCUAGGUCCCUAUUUCCAGCUCACCAGUAUCAUUGAAGAGAGCCGGCACCCGAACAGCAGAAUAGUAAAGGGCAAUGGCAGACCACAAGAUCUUGUAGAGCAACUCAAGCUUUUCGUAGAACACCCCGAUACGUUCCAAGCCAACGAGGCCCUGAAACAAGAGCUCCUGAAACUCAGCCGCCAGGCUGCAUCUGAACUGGAGUCACCAUUUGAGACCCUGCAGGGGCUCGCAUACUCCCCACUGCCCCUGGUGGUCACGAGAAUAUGCCAGGACCGCAAGAUCUUCGCCGCGCUGGUCGCGGCGAGCGGGCUCCAGCCGGGCGUCCUUGAGUCCAUCAUGGAAUAUGCGUGUGCCCAAGGCAUGGCGGCGGAGGCGCCCAAGGGGCGGUAUGUCGCGACCAGGCUGACACACACGCUGCUCGUGCCGGCAUUCGUCGACGGCGCAACCCAUUUCCACGAUAACUGCCUCCCCGGGUUUUCCGCGCUCCACCACGCCCUGGACGGGGGCGAUGCUGGGUCAAACCACCUGCCGACGUUGCUGGACGUGGUGUCGUUUGAGACGGAGUUCGCCCAGGACCUACGACAUGACGACGUUGUGUUCGUAGACGUUGGUGGUGGCAAUGGAUCACAGUGUGUGGCGCUCAAGAGGGCCUUUCCUGGCCUCGAGGGCCGGGUCAUCCUGCAGGAUCAACCAUUAGGCGCUCGUGUCUACUACUUCCGCCAAAUUCUCCACAACUUCGACGAUGACGCGUGCGUUCGCAUCCAGAAGUCUCAGACCUCGGCUCUUGGGCCUGACAGUGUCGUGGGGAUCGACGACAAAGUGCUGCCCGACGACAAGCCGGCGGCUGGGACGCCCGGGAUCGAGUACACGGCAGCGUUAAGUAUCAAGAUGAAGGUAAUGUUCGACGCACGAGAGAGGCGUGAGAGUUCUCUGCGGCGGUUGCUGAACCAAGCCGGGCUGCAAAUCAAGGAUAUAAGGAAGUUCACCAGGUUCGACGAUGCCGUAAUCAUUGCGACGAAGAAGCCCCUGCUCGAUUGA